AUGACAGACUCUACGGCAAAGCUUCCUACCGUGCGCAUUGGCACCCGCCAAUCCAUCCUGGCCAAGAUCCAAGCCGAGGGCAUCCGGGACAAUUUGCAGAAGCGCUUUCCGUACAAGUCCUUUGAGGUCGACGCGAUGCGUACUCUUGGGGACCGUGACAAGAUUACGGCGUUAUACAGUUUCGAGGGCAAGAACCUGUGGACAUCCGAGCUCGAGGAGAAGCUGACGGCGCGCAAGAUUGAUGUGAUUGUCCACUGCCUCAAAGACAUGCCCACGUCGUUACCAGAUGACUGUGAGCUAGCCGUCAUCCCCGCGCGCGACGACGCACGCGACGCCCUCAUCGUCAAGGCCGGCCUGCCGCACACCAGCCUGCAAACGCUGCCCGAGGGCGCCGUCGUGGGCACCUCCUCUGUGCGCCGCGCCGCCCAGCUGCGCCGUCUCUACCCGCACCUGCGCUUCGCCAACCUGCGCGGCAACGUCGACACGCGGCUCGCGAAGGUGGACAGCCCGGAGGGCGAGUACACGUGCAUGAUCAUGUCGGCGGCCGGGCUGGAGCGCAUGGGCCUGAAGCACCGCAUCAGCCAGUACCUCGGCUCCAAGGACGGCGGCAUCUACCACGCCGUCGGCCAGGGCGCUCUAGGCCUCGAGAUCCGCAAGGGCGACACGACGACGCUGGCGAUGCUGCGGCCGCUGGCCGACGAAAAGGCGACGCUGGCCUGCCUGGCCGAGCGCGCGCUGCUGAGGAAGCUCGAGGGAGGCUGCACGGUGCCGAUUGGCGCCGAGACGGAAUGGGUCACGGGCAACGCGGAGGAGUACACGCUGCGACUGCGGGCGAUCGUGGUGAGCCUGGACGGCAAGACGGCUGUGGAUGAUGCGUUGGAGCGGGUUAUCAAGACGAAUGACGAGGCCGAGGCGUUUGGUCACGAAAUGGCAGAGAUUCUUGUCAAAGGUGGUGCCAGGGAAAUUUUACAAGCCAUAAUAGCAAACCGGCCUGCAAAGGAAUAA